AUGAUCUUGAUUCAAUCACCAAGGCACUAGAGCAGUACCGGAAAUUGGAUCCAACCUUUUCCGACACAUCAGAGUACAUGUGUCAAUAGACUACGAAUGUGGCCAUUUUGGUGAGCAAAUAAAAGUGGUCGGCAAAUUUGUAUCCGUUAUUUUUCUUUUUGUAUUCUCGACUUCACACCUACUAGCAGGUAAUAUUGUAAAAAUUACAUAGGAAAAUCGACAAACUAAACUUUACAACUUCACAACGGGUUUCGGAACGAGUUGAGCUAAAGUUUCAAAAGGAGUUAAAAAUAAAUUUUCCUAUUUACUUUUAACUCGUUUUUACUUCUUAAUUUAUUGGCGCCACUAUUAAAAAAGAUAGUGAAAAACGCGUGUAAAAGUAAAACAUUUUAACAGAAUUGUCCCCACGAUUAAAAAUGAACAUUUAACAGAAAACGAACCAAAAGCAAAAGCCUCUUCUUCUGCUGACCUUCCCGAUAGUCCGAAUACCAAGUCGGGUCAAAUUCCGGAGCCUAGGGUUUCCACUCCUACUUCACCCCACCAAAUCCCUAAUUCCAAUUUCCAAUUGAGAUUUACCUCGUUUUAGGGUUUCAGAAAUGGUAUUAGAGAAAUGCAUAGGAGCUCAACGAUCCCGUAGGAUCCAACGAGCUCUCCGUCACAGCAAGGUCACAAUCCUCUGCCUCGUCCUCACCGUAGUCGUCCUCCGCGGCACAAUCGGCGCCGGAAAGUUCGGGACCCCGGAGCAGGACUUCCUCGAGAUUCGCGACCACUUCUACUCCCGCAAGCGCGCUGAGCCCCACCGCGUCCUCGAGGAGGUCCAAACGACGCCGUCCGACCCCAACAACUACAACGCCUUCGACAUCAACAAGAUCCUCAAAGACGAAGAAGGCGAGGAAGAAAAACCCGACCCGAAUAAGCCCUACACUCUCGGACCCAAGAUUUCCGAUUGGGACCAACAGAGGUCGAAAUGGCUGAAGCAAAACCCGAAUAUGUCGAAUUUUGUGGGGCCCAAUAAGCCCAGGGUGCUGUUGGUGACCGGGUCGUCGCCUAAACCCUGUGAGAAUCCGGUAGGUGAUCAUUAUCUGUUGAAGUCAAUUAAGAACAAGAUUGAUUACUGUAGGUUGCAUGGGAUUGAGGUGUUUUACAAUAUGGCGCUUUUGGAUGCUGAGAUGGCUGGGUUUUGGGCCAAGCUUCCGUUGAUUCGGAAGCUGCUUUUGUCCCACCCGGAAGUUGAGUUUUUGUGGUGGAUGGAUAGUGAUGCAAUGUUUACUGAUAUGGCUUUCGAGUUGCCGUGGGAGAGGUAUAAAGGUUCAAACUUUGUGAUGCAUGGGUGGAAGGAGAUGGUUUAUGAUGAGAAGAAUUGGAUUGGGUUGAAUACCGGAAGCUUUUUGCUGCGGAAUUGCCAGUGGUCUUUGGAUAUGCUUGAUGCUUGGGCUCCUAUGGGGCCCAAGGGGAGGAUUAGGGAUGAGGCCGGGAAGGUAUUGACUAGCGCACUGAAGGGCAGGCCGGUGUUUGAAGCUGAUGAUCAGUCUGCGAUGGUGUAUAUAUUGGCGACUCAGAGGGAGAAGUGGGGUGAUAAGGUUUAUCUUGAGAAUGCGUAUUAUUUACAUGGCUAUUGGGGGAUUUUGGUGGAUAGGUAUGAGGAAAUGAUUGAGAAGCAUCGUCCUGGUUUGGGUGAUCAUAGGUGGCCGUUAGUGACACAUUUUGUGGGGUGCAAGCCGUGUGGGAAGUUUGGGGAUUACCCGGUUGAGAGAUGCUUGAAGCAGAUGGACAGGGCGUUUAACUUUGGUGAUAAUCAGGUUCUUCAAAUCUAUGGAUUCACUCACAAGUCGUUGGCUAGUAAACGAGUUAAGAGAGUUCGAAAUGAAACGAGCAAGCCACUUGAGGUUAAAGAUGAACUUGGGUUGCUUCAUCCUGCGUUUAAGGCUGUUAAGGUAUCAUCUUCCUAGGUCAGCUGUUUUGCUCACUCAUGUGAGACGUGCUACAUUGUGUUUGUUGUUCCUAAUGCUUCCCGUGUUAGGUGUGGAGAUAGUAUUCUUUUGUUCCUUAUAA